AUGGGGACACCCCAAGUCCCUCGCGGACGCCUUAGACCCGACUCCGUGCCCCCGCCCGCCUCGCACGCACCUCGUGGGCCGCGCUCCUUCGGCCUCCGCGGACACCCCAAAGCCUCCCCUCGCGGACACCCAGGAGAUGUUCGUGGACGGCGCUCCCUCAGCCCUCACCCACACCCCGAAGCCCCUCUCUGGGACACCCUGGGCCCCUCUCCGCGGAUACGCUGGUCCUCCUCGCGAACACCCCGAGGCCCCUCUUUGAGGCCACCCGGGCCUCCUCGCAGCCACCCCGGCCUUCCUCACAGACACCCUGAGGCCCCCGCGAACACCAGCCCACUUUCCCUUGAGCCCGUGGAUGAGUCCCGCCACCCCAAGCCCGCGGAAGCUGAGCCCCAGCCGGCCGCACAGCGCGCUCCUCCGGGAUCGCGGGGACUCCGCUACCGCAAUCCCGCACGCCGCCCGCCUGCACCUACCGGGCCUCUCGGCCACCCCACUGGAGGCCCGCGCGGCGCUGGCGUCUCCCGGCCCGCGGCCCCUUACGCGCACCAUCCGGGCCUCUGCCGCCGAACACACGUGUCACAGCGACAUUUAAAGGCGCCACUCCCGGCAGCCGCGCUGAGCCGACACCGACUGGGCCCGGCAACUUUAAGAGGCGGGGCUACCUGCGUUCCUACUCCCUGGACCCGUCCCCAGCCGCUUGACGCCCCGGAAACGACGCUAAUCAUUCCGUGGGCCUUCCAGCCUACGUGA